AUGGCUCAAGGGAAGGGUAAGGGGAACAACUACGCUUACCUUGUUUCCGACGACUCGUACUCGGAGUCCGUCAUCAUCGACCCGGCAAACCCACCAGAAGUCCUUGCAGCCCUCAAGCCCCAGCUCGAGAAGAUCAAUCUCAAGACGAUCAUCAACACCCACCAUCAUCAUGACCAUGCUGGCGGCAACAAUACGAUGCGCUCCUCCCUUUCUUCACUCAACCUCAGUAUAAUCGGUGGCAAAGACUGUGAAUCGGUCGAGAACGUCCCUGCGCACAAUUCAACUUUCACAAUCGGAAAGGGGAUCAAGGUCACGGCUUUGCACACGCCCUGCCAUACGCAAGACAGUAUCUGCUUUUACAUGGAGGACGGGGACGACAGGGUGGUGUUCACCGGAGACACACUCUUCAUUGGAGGAUGCGGAAGACUGUUCGAGGGGACACCGAAAGAGAUGCACAAGGCACUCAACGAGGUGCUCGCUGCAUUGCCAGACGACACCAAGGUUUUUCCUGGACACGAAUACACCAAAGGCAACGUCAAGUUCGCCAAAAGCGUUCUACCUGAAGACCCCGAAAUCAAGCGUCUCGACGACUUUGCAACAUCGAAUGAAGAGACUCAGGGAAAAUCGACAAUUGGCGACGAGAAGAAAUUCAAUGUGUUCAUGCGCGUGGCCGACCCUGCUAUCCAGAAGUACACAGGCGAGACAGAGCCUGUCGCUGUUUUGGCGAAGCUGCGGUCUGCUAAGGAUAAUGCGUAG